AUGGUUCAUUUGUCCAAGUUCUUCGCUGUCGCAGCCGCAUGCCUGGCUGCCCCUGCUGUUGCUCACCCUGGCGAGAAGCAUGAUCCUCAUGUCGUGAAGCGUGAGAUCCACGCCCGGAAUGCCGCGGCUGCCUAUGCAAAGCGCUCCCUGGGCGGAUGUGAGAACAGCCUCCAUGCACGAGAGCUGGCGAAGCGCAAUGUUGCCCGUCGUGCGCAGAAAGUACAAAAUCUCCGCGAGAAGCGUGGUGUCACUUCCAAAUCUCAGAAAUGGCGUCGUGACUUGGCUGCUCUUGAGAAGUGGGAGGCCAUCAAUCACAACAAGACUGGCAUCCUCAACUAUAGCCCUGCCACACCUGAGUCUGUUGUGUUUAGCGCCAACACUAGCUGUAUUCUGACACCUACUAUCACCGACGGCCCUUACUAUGUCUGGGGUGAGGUGAUCCGCGAAAAUGUGAAGGAGGACCAGUACUCGGAUGGUGUGGACCUCUCUCUGGAGGUUCAGUAUAUUGACAUCAACACCUGCCGACCUAUCCCUGGCGCACUCGUUGAUAUCUGGCAAGCCAAUGCCACCGGUGUCUACAGUGGAAUCUCGGAAUCCGGCAACUAUGCCGCCGACGGAUGGGACAGCACUUACCUGCGCGGCAUUCAGCAAACCAACGAAGAUGGUGUCGUCAACUUUGAGACUAUUUUCCCCGGUCACUACGAAGGCCGCGCCACACACACCCACCUGUUGACUCACCUCAACGCAACCGUCUUCCCAAACAAGACUCUCGAAGUGGACACCGGCAGCGUGGCUCAAAUCGGCCAAUUGUUCUGGAAUGAGGUUCUCAGAUCCGCAGUGGAGGAUACAUACCCCUACACCCUCAACAGCCAGCCUGUUACCUCGAACGAGGAUGACCAGUGGGCCAAACUUGAGGCUGAUAGCGCCUACGACCCCUUCCCGGAGUACAUCUACCUUGGUGAGCAUCUCGACGAUGGUCUGUUCGCGUGGAUCCAGAUUGGUGUCAAUGCUACCGCAGACUACACGGAUAACUCUUACUACAGCAUUGCUGCGUAUCACGAUGCCGACGGAGGCCACGAGAACGCUGAUGACACCUUUGUUGGUGGAAGCGGCGGAGGCAGCGGGACCGCUUCUUCUGGUAGUGCUUCCGGCACGCCUUCCCCCAGCGCCUCUGCUUAA